CCUCCACCCUUGUUAGCUCCACCACUUUCCUUAGCCAAUAAUAUUAGUCAUUUUUAAAACCAAUUUGUUUUUAGGUGUGUACUUUCAUGUUUCACACUCUCUCAGCAACAAUAGCGCCACGGUACUGUACAGUACACAAAUGUGUCAUCCAACAAUAGCCAGAUCAGCAGCACCAGUGCCCCAGCACCAACAGAAAGACUCUUAUAUAAGGGGAUUAUCUUUCUCUGCACAAAAAGGGAGAGUUGCGUUGUGCAUAUAAGCCUUGGCAUAGAAAUAUAUGAAGGAACAUUUAGCCUUCAGUAUACACGCAGGCUUGUCAUUUAUUUGAAUUUCAUAAAUGAGUAUAUGCUUUCUUUCUUUUACUGGUAAACAGCAGUAUUUUAUACAGAUAUUUACCACUUUGAAACAGAAUACAGAACAGUUUGGCCAAGCAAUGUCUGCUCGGGCUCGCUGAUUAGAAUUUAGUGACGUCAUUCCUUUACGUUAUGAGUGAAUUCGACUAUUGCAUCACAAUGAAGUGGAUUUUUGGAACACGCGCGCAUUUAAUUCUCGUUCCAGACGUAUACCGAAAAUAUUUUCUUCCCCGACGAGGUCAAGUAAAACGGAGAAAAAAAGAUAAGGAAAAUGAAGGAGAGGCUUGUCGAGCAGCACCAGCACCUCCUGCUGGAGACCGACAGUUAUGUGGAGCUCAACCGCAAAGAGAAAGAGAAAGUUGCCCAAGUGGAGGCCAAGAUGAAGGCAAUGCAAAGCAGGAUCUGGGAGAAGAAGAAGCAGUUGGGACGCUUGAGUUCCACCCAUAGCAAACCUCUUCAACAGAUUAAACACAUUCGCUUCCUGGAGGGCCGUCUCAGCCAGGCCACGCUACGGUUUGACAAGCAGCUGACUAAGAACAAGACCAUACGGGAUGGCAUCGACCACCUGCGCCAGCAGAGAAGAAUGCUGGACAGCAUUUACCGCCGCCUCAACAAGGAGGUGGCCAUGCAGCACCAGGUCAUGGACGAGCUGGUGGAGAAAUCAAUGCUCGCCUAUGACCAGAGGUCACAGGCGCAGGCUCGUAUGUUGGCUGUGCGGGAUCGCAGUAAGAAAGAGACCACUCAGGCACAGACAGAGAUGACAGAGCUGCAGAGGGUCAUCGACCACGAGACGAAGCUCCGCAACUUCAUGUUCCAGAAGUCAAAGGAGUAUGUGCCCCUGAUGGAGGAUGAGGAGGGCAAGAGGAAGAAAGCAGAGCAGGCCCAACGGGAGCGAAUGGGAGGAGAGGGUAUAGAGGUGUACCAGGCCGUGUACAAACACAUUUUGAACGUCACCGGAGAGCUUAGCCUGCGCAAGAUUGCCCAGAAGUUUGAGGUGAAUGAGGAGAAGAGCUUCGGCUACUUCAGUUACAUCAACGAGCUGAACAACAGGAGCACCAUGCUAAGGGGUCACGUUAACAAGCUGAAGAGUGAGAUUGAGCACUAUGAGCUGCAGAAUAAUCAGCAUGGCAAGCAGUGGCAAGAUCAACUGAAAGAGCUGGAGACUGAGCUUGAGAAGAAACGCUCUGAAGCCAAUGAGAUGGAGGCUCAGCACAAACUGGUGUGCAAGUCCCUUGACCAGAUGAAGAUAGCCAUCGCUGAACUCUUCAGCAAGAUGAAGUGUGACCCCUCACCCAUCACCGGCAAGCUGGGCAGCAGUGCUGAGGUCACUGAUGACAACGUCACCCAGUUCAUAGGGAUUUUGGAGGAGAGUCUGCAUGAGCAGCUGAUGCAUAUGAUGCAGUGCAAUUGGAAUCGGGCCGAGGACCUGGAGCUGCCUGCCUUCAACAUGCUGCUGGACAGCUGCCGCCUGCUGCCCACGCUCGCCACCUCCGUGGUCGAGCCGCCCUCAGCCGCCUCCUUUGAGGAGGCAGCACUGGACGUGCUCCAGGGGCCAGGCAGUGAGAAGACCCUGGACUACAAGAGCUUGUGUGAGCUAGCGGUGAAGCGUGUGGUGCAGGCGGAGCAAGGCAAAGGCCAGAAGCCGACCUCGGCCAUGAGUGCCCAGAAGGGCAAGAAGAAGACGACCUUCGCUGCCCCCAAAUCUGCCUGAGCGCCGGCCAUCUCUCCCCUUCCCCCAAUAAACACAAACA